GAACAUUUGGCUCUUGAAUGAAACUACGUACAAACCAUCACUGAAAUUGGCCAUUUGGUAUAUUUUGCCUUGGGAUUUAGCAAAAGUAGAAAACCAAUUACAAUGAAAUAAUUCUGAACUAUAUUAUUAUUGUUUCAAACGUGGCUAUGGAAUCUAACGGUAAAAUUCCCGUGUUUGUUGGUGUUGCAGUGGUUUCUGUUUCUGUUGUGUUAUUUCUGCUUCAAAAGUUUUUCAAAAUCAUUGAAAAACAGAGACCUGUUGCUUUGAAUCCAAGUAAAAAGAUUUCUUUUGAGAUGAUUGAGAAGGAGGCAAUUAGUCACGAUACACGAAGGUUUAGGUUUGCCCUUCAGAGCCAAGAACAUGUAUUGGGGUUGCCUGUUGGUAAACACAUGUAUUUGAGUGCGAAGAUAAAUGACAGCUUGGUGAUACGUCCCUACACUCCUGUGACGUCCGACGACGAAAUUGGUUAUUUUGACCUUGUAAUUAAAGUGUAUUUCAAGAAUGUACAUCCAAAGUUUCCUGAUGGUGGGAAAAUGUCACAACAUCUCGAUCAAAUGAAUAUUGGCGAUGCUAUUGAUGUACGUGGUCCGUGUGGUAAACUUAUUUAUGAAGGAAAAGGGAAAUUAUCCAUUGAAGUAUCUAAAGAUAAAACCGUUCAACGUCAAUGUCGUUAUUUGGGAAUGAUUGCUGGUGGCACAGGAAUCACGCCAAUGUUACAGAUCAUUCGUGAUGUGUUAAAGCAUGACGACGAUAAAACAGAAAUGUCACUUCUUUAUGCCAAUCAGACAGAAAAAGAUAUUUUACUGCGCAAUGAACUGGAAGAGAUAGCGGAGAAAUACCCAGAGCGUUUUAAACUAUGGUACACUUUGGACCGUCCUCCUGAAGAUUGGACGUAUAGCGGUGGAUUCGUUAACGAUGAAAUGAUUAAAGAGCAUCUACCUUCAGCUGGUGAUCAAACACAAAUUUUGAUGUGUGGACCACCUCCUAUGAUUAAAUAUGCUUGUCUUCCAAACCUAGAAAAACUUAAUUUCACUCCUGACAUGUACUUUGACUUCUGAAGCCGUUAAUUUGCGCAUUUUGCUUUGGUAUUUUUUACUUAUAAAUAAUCAAUAUCACAUUGUGUAUGAAAUUACGCCUGUACGCAGGUAGCAAGUCGGUUUAUCAUGUAUUGUUGUACAUAGAUGAACAUAAUUGGAUUAAUGUUGAAAUGCUCGGUGAAAGUUAAGAAAUUCUUUCAUUAGUCAUCUCAUUAUGUUCCAUAUCAAGUGAAUAUAAUAGUAAAACUCCAUAUAGUAAGGCUUUAUGUGUAGUCAUUAAAUAAGUUUUUGCUCGUUGA